AUCGCCACCAGCGUCCAGUACUUCAUCAUGACGGAGAUUAAGAUCAAGGAAGUGUUGAACAAGACAUUGCGCGGGUUGGAUGAGGCGUUGGUGGACUACAUGGUGAGCAUCCUGUCGGACUACGACGGCAGCGACCCAUUAGUGGACACGAUUGCGCCGUUCCUGUUGUCGUCGGGGUUCACAGACGACGAAGACGAAGCGAAUCGAUACUGCUCGUCGCUGCAAGCGGCCAUGCAAGAUGCAGGUCUCCUAGCGACGGCGGCCGACGACACAUUCAAGAAGCUGGACGUGGUGCAGUCGAUGGAGGACAUGAGUCGCGCGACGGAAGCCGAGAUGAACGGGAUCAUGGAGCGCAUGUGGGGCUUUGAGAACAUCCGCAAGACCAAAAACUACAGCAUGGACGCGUGCGCAAACACGCAGUCGCAGCGCCAGAUCCGCAAGGAAGCGAAGAAGGAGCUCAGCGAACUGGAGAAGGACAAGAUGGACGAGGACGAGGACCGGAUGUGGGAAGACACGCGCGUGUUGCCUGACAUGUCGACCGACAACGGGGAAAAGGAUAUCCACGUGGACAACGUCACGAUGAAUUUCAAGGGCCAAACCAUCCUCAGCAACACAUCGCUCAAGCUUAUUUUCGGGCGGCGAUAUGGCCUUAUCGGCAAGAACGGCGCCGGGAAAACCACGUUGCUGCGGUUCAUGUCCCAUUAUGAGAUUGAAAAGUUCCCGCGGCAUGUGCGCAUGCAGCACGUCGAGCAAGAAUCCGCGUCCAAGCUGAGUCUGGUCGAGGACUCGGUGCUGUCGGUCGUGCUCGCCGCCGACUACGAGCGCACGCUGCUCUUGGCCGAAGAAAAGCAACUCCUCGAAUCGAACGACAACCCCGAGCGCAUCCACAAGGUCCACGAACGCCUCCAGCAGAUCGACUCGGACUCGGCAGAAAGCCGCGCCAGAACCAUCCUCGCCGGCCUCCAGUUCCCAGAAUCAGUCGUCGACGGCCCAGCUAAGGCGCUGUCUGGGGGGUGGCGGAUGCGCACGGCGCUCGCUGGCGCGUUGUUCAUGUCCCCUGACCUCUUGUUGCUUGACGAACCGACCAACCAUUUGGAUUUGGAGGCGGUAAUGUGGUUGGAAAAGUACUUGGAGACGUACCCCAAGACGUUGAUUGUGGUAUCACAUGACCGCAACUUUCUCAACCAAGUCACGACCGAUACAAUUUACUUGGCCAAGCAGCAACUCUCGUACCAUCGCGGCAACUUUCAGUCUUUUGAAAACACGCAGGAAGAGUUGCUCAAGAACCAGCGCAAGGCGUACGAAGCGCAGCAGAUGAAGGUGUCGCACAUGCAAGAGUUUAUCGAUCGGUUCCGGUGCAAUGCAAAGAAGGCGCCGCUGGUUCAAAGUCGUGUGAAGGCAUUGGAAAAAAUCAUGCGGACCGCCGUGGAGGAACCGGAGGACCCCCGCGCGUUCAAAAUGAACUUUCCGCCGCCAGAACCCCUCGGCCGCCCCAUCAUUUCCGUCGAAAACGUGGCCUUUGGGUACGGCGACGGCCGCCCCGAGUUGUUUCACGGUGAGCCACAGACACACACAAAUAUUGUCCACCUUGGUGGCUCAUACGUUUUACCCCAAAAUACUGUGGACUACUUUUGUGCUAAAACGCCAAACUCCAUCGAUCGAUAAUUCUUUGAAUCAUUUUGCAUGUGAAAAAACAGUGUCCUGUGGGGAUGAUUGGUAUCACACUAUUUGAAAUCAUACACUAAUUCAACGUUCAAGAUGGUUUUCCCUGCAAUCGGAUUCGCUCACUUGUUUUGCCGAUAUAUUCUUCUUGUGUACAUUAACUGAUUGUCCAUGGGGUCAGUUUCGUAGAAACACUCCAGUUUCGUAGAAACACUCGGGAACGAAUAGAUUAUAUACUUCGAAGUAUAAAUUAGAUAUGUGAACGUUGUUGUACUUGGUGUAUAUUAGAUGUGAACUUUGGCAUUGACAUGUCGAGCCGCAUUGGCAUCCUGGGCGUGAACGGGUCGGGGAAGAGUACGCUGAUCAACCUCAUGCUUGGCAAGCUCGACCCGACGCAUGGCAAGUGUGUGCGCAACCCCCGCGUGCGCAUCUCCACCUUCACACAGCAUCAUGUGGACUCGUUGGAUUUGGGCAAAACCGCCGUGGAGAACAUGAUGGAGCUGUUCCCGGGCCACGAACCUGACGAGUUUCGCACCCACUUGGGGCGGUUCAACCUCUCGGGUGAGCUCGCGAUGAAGCCGACGCGCAAGUUGUCAGGUGGGCAAAAGUCGCGCGUGGGGUUUGCUGUGCUGACGUGGCGCCUUCCGCACGUGGUUGUCCUCGAUGAGCCGACGAAUCACUUGGACAUUGAGACGAUCGAUGCAUUGAUCGAUGCUCUCCGCAACUACAAGGGCGGAGUCGUGAUUGUAUCGCAUGACCAGCACUUUGUCAACAGCAUUUGCACCGAGUUGUGGGUUGUGGGCGACCGAAAAGUCACGCGGUUCCAAGGGUCCAUGGCCGAAUACAAGAAGGCAAUUCUCAACGAAUGAUAACCACCCAAUAAUACAUGGAUGGAUGGGCGACUUGUCCGUGCUACUGGUA